AUUAUUAAAAUUAAGACGAGGCUUUCGAAAACCCCUAACGCAAAAACCCCAGAAGCCCCGGCAACCGCACUCUGCAACUCCAAUAAAACUAGUCCUAGAAAUCACAUGAAAGAUCCUUCAUAGUAAAACCAAUACCAAAACCUCAGGCAUCCGACCGUCUCUUUGACUCUUCCUACUCUCCAUCUUUCUCUAUCUAUCCAUACAUAUAUAUGCCCAUGCUUGGCCCGUAGUUUAUGAGAAUGGCAGCUUUACGAGCUCUGAAAACUAUUUCGGCCCUCUCCCUAAAGCCCCAUAUAAUCCCUCUAAAUCCGAUACUUUUCCAUAGAUUUUACGCUGCCCAAGCGCAAGAGAAUGACCCCUCUUACAGCCCCACGGUCUCAGACAGUGAAAAUGGUGGUUCAGACUCGGUUUUUGACAGUUCCCAUUAUACAAUAACAAGCACUGAUUCAGAUGCCAAGACUCAAACCCGUCCUCGGCAACCCACUUGGGACAAAAGAUACAGGGAGAAAGUUGAUGGAUUGAUAUUUGGGAAGGAUACCCAGAAAGGGAAAUUGAGAAUUUUUGAGGUGGAGGAGGAUAAGAGGCGGAGAGUGCUUGCCAAGGCUCUGCUUGAGGCAGCAUUGGAGGGGGCAGAGGAAGAUGAGGACGAGAAUGAGGAUUUGGUUGUGAAGGAGGAGGACCAGAAAUCAUUGUUCGUCGGGAUAAUCGGUGCACCAAACGCAGGGAAAUCUGCACUUACUAAUUAUAUGGUUGGGACAAAGGUUGCAGCUGUUUCAAGGAAGACAAACACAACUAUUCAUGAAGUCUUAGGAGUCAUGACAAAAGGAAACACCCAAAUUUGUUUCUUUGAUACCCCAGGGCUAAGGUUGAAGUGCAGUGGAAAACCAUACAAGGAUAUAAGGGUUCGUGUAGAAAGUGCAUGGAGAUCAGUUGAAUUGUAUGAUGUGGUCAUUGUAAUUUUUGAUGUCCACAGACAUCUAACCAGUCCUGAUCAAAGAGUGAUAGGAUUGAUUCAGCGUUUGGGAGCACAACCACACCCAAAACAAAAGCGAGUGUUAUGUAUGAACAAGGUUGACUUAGUUGAGAAAAAGAAAGAUCUGUUAAAGGUUGCAGAACAAUUCAAUGGGCUUCCUGGUUUUGAAAGGUAUUUCAUGAUCUCUGGAUUGAAGGGCUUUGGAGUGAAAGAUCUUACUCAAUACUUGGUGGAGCAGGCAUUCAAAAGACCUUGGGAUGAAGAUCCGCUUAAUAUGAGUGAGGAAGUUAUGAAGAACAUAUCUUUGGAGGUUGUCCGGGAAAGGUUGUUAGACCAUGUUCAUCAGGAAAUCCCAUAUGGUAUCCAACACCGUUUGAUGGAUUGGAAGGAGUUGCGAAAUGGUUCACUUAGGAUUGAACAACAUUUGAUCACCAACAAAUUAAGUCAGCGCAAGAUUCUUGUCGGAAAGAAUGGCUCCAAAAUAGGGAGAAUUGGCGUUGAAGCCAAUGAGGAGCUAAGAUCAAUCUUCAAGAGGGAAGUGCAUCUCAUCCUCCAGGUUCGACUUAAAUGAUGCUAAGAAUUGCAUGCUCUUGUUGUAUUUUCUUGAAGUGUACAUAAAAAGGCAUCUGAGUUUACGCGUACGGGAAUCUUCUUGAAUGAUUAACUUUAUGAAGGCCAUCUAGAAUUUAGCACCAUUUAGUGGCAGUGACUUAUCAGCUUGAUUUAUGGAUGACCCCGAUUUUGGUGCUGUUGGCCACAAUAUGUUUUUGUACUCUGUUACAGUUGCAAAAGUUUAUAAUUCGUAUUAUCUAGUCUGCCAAUUUUAUUUUAUUUUAUUUUUUUUGCUUUUUUUUUUUUUGUCGUACUGAUAUCCUGAUAUAUGAAAACUUAAAUCGAGAUUAUUUCAUUUUA